UGGUCCGGGUCUUAAGUGGUUUAAUACUUAUUUUUUCUUUCUUUAUUACAGGGGGAAGGAAAGAUGUCGCCAUUUUGUUAUAAACCAGAUGGCAAAUGGAGAAUUGGUCGUGUCUGGGGACUCCUGUUGUCAUGAUAGUUUGCCAACACUGAUAAGGCAUUAUCAAAACAACACUAUACAACCUUAUGGAGAGAAUCUGGCUCAGUCUUACAUUAAGUUUUCUGAAAAAAAUAUUUAUGACAACAUUGAGCCGUCAAAUGAAAGACAAGAAAGUGCUUUUUCUCAAACAAAGACAGCAACACAGAAAAAUAAUAAAGGUGGUAUUCAGUACGGACACAGAAAACAAAGUAUGCCUGCUACAGAGGACACUGCACCACCAUUACCAGAGAGAAAAUGCAGCAUCGGUAAUAAUGAUAAUGAGGACAUCUACUCUAAGCCUAGCAAAGAUGCUCAUGGUGAAGAUCUAUAUUCUAUUUCUAAAAAGGACACAGAUGUCCUCUAUUCUCUGGUCAAAGAAACACAGAUCAGUCAAAAGAAUAUGGUAAAAACGAAUGUUCCAGAUGUUCUUUAUUCUGAGGUUAAACUGGACAGCUUGCCUUCAGCUCUGGGACACUUACAAAGCUCCACACAGUCCUUAAAUCAGUUGUCCCUGGACACACGGACGCCAACACUGCUUAGCAGCUUGAAGGAUCUUUCAGAAUGUGAAGUUCUGGAGAUGAAGUUUGCAACAUCCAUUCAGACCGUUAACAGUAAAACAAUUACUGCUCCUCUCUUGCGUGGCAGAGGUGAAAAUUUAGACAGCUCAUUAUUGUAUUCUAAAAUUACAUCAGAACCUGAAAUUGAGGACACUUAUGAACAAAUACCAUUUAGAGGUUCUAGAUGUGAAAGCGAAUAUGAGGCCGUAAACCAAAUUUCCAACUAUUCUGUUUGUUCUACAAGCACCUACGAUCAUGUUUCUACUCGAACAUCUAAAGAAAUUACUUCUAGAGAAUUUAACAAGAAGGUGGCAGUUACCAGCUUUGCACAAGAUAGUGCUUAUGAAACUGUUUCACGGGAUGUUUCUAAGCUAGCAGGAAGAAAACAGAAUAUUGCAAAGACCGAGAAACCAAAAAGAUUCUUUUUUGGAGACAAAAAGAAAUGAAAUCUUAAUCUAAAGCAGCAAAUGUAUCGGAAGAAUUCCUAUUUUAUGUAAUGUAUUUAAAAUAUGCAAAGGACCUGAUUAGAACCAUACUUACUGGAACGAGGUAAAAACUGUCCUAGGUAGCAUGUACCAAAU